UUUUAGACACUUAUGUAUGUGGUGUUUACUGGAGUUGGCCACUUGUGAAAUAUGUAGCCACCAUGGUUCUUUUUGAGGUUGUCAUGUGGAGACUAUACGGUCAAGCACCAUGGCAAACUGGGAGAGAAACAAAAGGAUCUUACUGGACCUGGUGAAGCUGCCGGAGAACAGUCUGUGUGCAGACUGCGGAGCGCCUGAUCCAGACUGGGCAUCUUCCAAGUUAGGUCUGUUUGUGUGCCUGAACUGUUCCGGCGUCCACCGGAACCUGUCCAGCCGAGUAAAGUCCAUAAAGCUUGACAACUGGGAAGAUGAGCUUGUGGAGUUGAUGAAAUCCAGUGGUAAUGCUAAAGCCAGAGCUGUGUAUGAAAAAGCACUUCCUCCUUACUACUACCGGCCACAGGAAAGUGACUGCGUAGUUCUAAAAGAGCAAUGGAUUCGAGCCAAAUAUGAACGGUUGGAAUUCACAGGAGAGACCAAGUAUCCGCCUCCGUCUUACACCACAGGCUUCCACGAAGGGAUGCUGUGGAAAAAAGGAAAAGAGAACACGCAGUUUCUGAAGAGGAAAUUUGUUCUGUCUGAAAGGGAAUUCACUCUGGCUUACUACAACAAGGAAAAUGAGUCCAAAGGUCCGAAAGCCCUCAUCUCAAUCAAACACUUGAAUGUAACGUUUCAGCCAGAGAAGAUUGGUCAUCCCCAUGGGAUGCAGAUGACUUACCUUGAUCAUGACCAUACCAGAAGCCUCUACGUGUAUCAUGAGAAUGCUGAGGAAAUAGUCACGUGGUACAACGCCCUACGUGCUGCCCGGUAUGCAUACCUAAAAACCGCAUACCCAACUGUAACAGAAGCUGAUCUUUUACCAAAUAUAACAUCAAACUACCUUAAAGAGGGUUACAUGGAAAAGACAGGUCCAUCGCAAAAGGAACCAUUCAAAAAGAGGUGGUUCAUUUUGGACUCUCAAAAUAGGAAGUUGCUCUACUUCAAAGGCCGCUUAGAUGCUGAGGAGUUGGGGGUCAUCUUCCUUGGCACGGAAAGCAACAGUUAUUCGGUUAGGGACUAUGUUCCAAAGCACACCCGUAGAAACAAGUGGAAGUUUGGCCUCAUGGUGGAGACACCCGAGCGGCAAUUUGUCUUCAUGUGCGAGCAAGAGAGCGAGCAAAGGGAAUGGCUGGACUCCCUCAGACAGGUCAUGUCCAGGCCCAUGACACCGCAGGAUUAUAACACGGAGGCCAAUAUCAGGAAUAAGCGAUGACAACUGGUGCGCGUGACAGCUGAAUGGAAACUGAAUUUAAAUUAUGCAGUAGCAAAAUCUGAAUUGCACCUUGCAUGGUUAACCACAUCAACUGUCUUUGCAUUCAUAAGGAAUCAAAUGACAUUGCACUGUCAAGAGAUGUACUGGAGGUCCGAAAGUACAGUUGCUGUAGAUAUAAUUGUAAUAUUACACUUUAUUACACACAAUUGAAUUCAACUUCUUUAUUAUGCCAAAUAAACAGCUCUUGGUUUUCAAUUAAAACUUUCAAGCUUUUCAUCUACCCUACUGCGUCAUUUUUAAGUGCCAUUGGUCAACCAUUACAACUUUACAAUGUUAAUUUUGUUUUGAGAAAAUACACUAUGAAUAA